UUACGUGUAGAAAACCUUAUUUGGGGUUUCGACUUCGACGUGUCGCGUCGUGCCCAGUGCCAUAAUACACAUGGAUGAGGAUAAUAUCCCAUUGGAGUCGUUAAAGACUCCAGAAAUACAAAGAAGUUUUGUCCCUUCAUUUGAGGAUACCUCAAUGCUUUCGAAUUCAAAAAGCAAUGCGUUCGUAGAAGACUUUUUCAUGCAGAACUACAUUCCAGACACGCUUGACGGUGCACUAAAAGAGUUGAAUCUUGAAUCUCAUAAAAUUGACGAAAUAAACUCGCAAAAUAUAAAAUCUUACUACGAGUUGAUGGAGUCUGUGGACAAAAACGAAGAUGUAGAGACGUUGACUGAUGCAAUGGACACUUCGGGUAUAUCGCUCCUUGAGCAGCCAAGUUUUGGAACGGUAAACUUUGACGAAUGGUUAAAUUCGCCUUCUCCGUCCAAACUUAUUCAAACUCGCGAAUAUGAAAAACCAGUGGCUCGCAUUCCGUUAAUGGCUGUCAAUCCACAGAGCCUUACUCCUUCAAGAAGCUUACGGAAACAACAUAUGUUGCAAAGUCCGACGAAGAUGCAGAGUCCAGGGACACCGUGUAUGCGUUUGCGAAAAAAUAGACAAACUCCUCUAUCUACAAGAGUUACCCCGAUCCGACUACAAAGCUACCCGUUGAGAGAUAGUCCCGCAGAACGGGAACAAGAGCAUUGUGAUGAAACGUGUCCUCACUUGUUUCGGUUAGAAAAGAUACGUGACCUUUUAGCAUUUGUUCAACUUGAGCUGAAAUGCUAUGUUGAGCCCUACAAGCGUCAAGUUAAAGAGCUCAAGGAGGAGUUGCAGCGGCGAAAUGCCGAAGUGGACGAAUUAAAACGACAGCUUGCUGCAAACGGUCGGAUGGAGACUUGAUACAGGCAUUAAAUAAUAUGCACUACGACGUAUAUGAUAAAAUAACCUCACAUGCUGACAAUGUGGAUGACUGAAUGGCCCAUUCUACAUCAUGUGCUAAUGGGUGUUAGUAUGGUCCUGCUUAUGUCGUUUUAUAAAAAAGAAAAGACCUCGUUCAGUGGUUUAAGGUUACUUCUUACCUUCUUUUAGUCUGCCCCACUUUUCCGUUUGGUAUUUCGUUUCCAGGUUUGCACAUUCAAUGGCAUUCUUGGUGUCCAUUUUAUUCAUUGUCAUAUGCAUACCAAUGACGAAGCUCUUCAUGCUUCGGGUAAUCUGUUCAAAACAAGCCAGACGCCAAUGGUUCUGUUGCCGGAGCCAUUGAAAGGCGGCACGUUUUACUUCAAGCGGCUGUUUGUUUGGAAUUAACCCCUUGUCUCCGUCGAGAUACUUUAGUUGGAGUCCAAACAGUUCCUCGAUAUUCGCUUUCAGCGGGAAAUAUCUUUGUUUUUGUUCAGCUAACAGUUUGCCUUCAUACUCAUGUGAGGGAGCAUAAACGAGAACCGUGUCACUGUCGAGAUAGUUCAUGAGUUGUUCGUACAGUACAUUCAGUGUCUCCUCGCCAUUCUUUUGCUCUUUCCACGUCUUCAUAUCAAUAGCUCGUGUCACGAGCGAAGUUAGAGAAAGUUGAUACUUACCGAUACUGCCUGGGGUCAAUUGGUUCCAUUCUCUAGCGACUAGAUGUGCAACUGACUCCAUCGUUUUCGGUAAUACAACUGGAAACCCAUUGGUCGUUUGUAAUGGUUUAUUCCCUAGCAAGAUACGAACACAAUCAUUGGGCAUGUACUCUACGUGUGUUUCCUUCCAGAGUCUUUUCCACAAGUUUUGUUUUAAAUCUUUGACUGUGCUGACGCGCGCGUCCGCAUACCCUCUCACUAAAAAGGAAAACGUUUGACGCAAACCAUGAAUCCGAUUUUUUGUCCAUACAGCUCGCAUUUCCAAACUCCCGCGUUCUUUCCUGUCUUGCAAGUUGACUUCUUACUCCGCGCAUAGCUGGCCUAAUACCCGCGGCAUUUCCGAAUACAGAAGAAAAAUCAAGAACGAAAAAAAUGACGGGCGAUUUCACUUUUAGCAAAUGAAUUCAUGUUGAAUAAAGUUAUGCUUACGAUUGCCGUUAACGAGUAAACGAGCAGAAGGUCAUUUCUGUGAUACGAAUAAAUGUCAUUAUAAUACAGCUCUUUUACGGCGGCCUGGCCCAGCACCAGCUGGCGCCCGCUUUACCGGUUGAAAUGAAGGAAGUUUUGUUUCACCUAAGACGUUUUCAGCAAGUUCCGUCGCCGACGGUGGAGCUUUUGUCGUGGAUUCCGUUGCCAUUCGCCGAACAACGGCACCAUCAUGAGAAGCAAACAGUUUUUUUGCUUCCUCUAGCAGUUCUUGCUGUUCUGCUUCAUCGGCUUCUUGCUUUUCCUUACGUACAGACUCAAGUUUUGCAAUGGCAUCGUCAAUGUCUAUGCGAGAUCGCCUAGCACUCUGUUCUCGAAGUUCAUCGAGCGUGUCGCUGAUCUCCAUCCGCCGUUUUGUGUCGAGUGUCUUUUGUUCAAGCAAUUUUAGAUUGUCUGGCGUCUCAUUUGCAGGAUCUUCUCCAUCAAGUUCGGGGUCUUCAUGAGCUUUCAACUUUUGUUCUCUCCAUGGCUCAAAAUUCCGAGACGCACCUUUUUCAGCAGCGUAGUCCGUGUGUUUUGGGUCAGUGACAAAGGUGAUUUCUGCGGCACAACGUGUGCAACGAAUAUAAAAUCGCAGGAUGUCGAUGGAAAAGUACUUUUCACCGGUCUUUUCCUUACGAGCAUUAAACUUCUUUCCCUUGUAAAUGUAUUCACCGCAAGUAUUACACUUCAUUGAAAAUGGAGUCAUCAACCGAACUGUUGAUUUUCCUCCAUUGGGUCCUUGAAACUUUUUCUUCUUCUUUGGAGGCGCUUUCGAAGGAUCAUAGUCUGGAGGAAUGUAUUUGUUCAGAACUUUACGUUCUGACAUUGUUAGUUAAUUUCGAAAAAGAAAAACGUGAAAACGGAGGGACGGGAUGGGAAUUUGUUCUAAUGUAUGAACUGUACUACACGUUUACGUUCAGAUAAAUCCGAGUAGUAUUCUAUGAAUCGUUUAAUCUACUCAAUUUCUUGCCGAUAAGACGAGAAACGUGUAAAUCGUGUAAAUCGUGUAA